GUACGUUACUCCCUGCAGGCUUUCUUUUAAUCGCAUGUAUGUAUUUAUAUAUAAAUAAAAUACUCCCUAUUAUAUUCUAUGUUCAAGCUAUAUGCGGUGUCAAAAAAAAUGUUCAAGCUAUAUGUAGCACACACAAUCACGCAUGUAGUAUUUAUUUCCAGUUUCCAUCGCUUCCAUAUUUUAUUAAAUAUGUAAUUAUUUCUGUAUAAAAUUAGGUGUUUCUAUAGGCUUUUCACGUAGUUUAAAAUAUUUCAUAAGUUAAUUUUACACUUUCUAAUUAAAAAAGUUAGAGAUUUUUUGGUAUUGCAUAGUACUGUUUACUUUAUUAAAGUGUACUAUAAAUCUUUUGGAGUGGAUUCUUUUUGAAAUGAGAGUGACACACAUAUUUUGAUACAACUCAAAAAAGAAAGUGAGACAUUUAUUUUUAUACGAAGGGAGUAAUCAUGUACACCAGUAGUGAAUAGUGAUAUACGGAGUAAGAAACUUCGAGUGAUAUAUAAAAAAAGGGUAUGACAUAAUAAAUUUACCUAGCUAUAAUGAUGACAUUCAUAAUUUUCAAUUUUCAAUCAAAGCGCGAAGAUGAGUGCUGGGAAAGAAAUGAAGAGGAUUGAGAAGGUGGAACAAGUAGGAGCUAUGGUGGUGGUUGCGAUAUUCCUGGCGGGGAACAUUGUGCUGGCUAAGGUGGCGGCGAACGACGGCAUGCCGGUAACCAUUAUGGUGGCUUACCGCUGGAUCUUUGCCACCGCUUUCCUUGCUCCUCUCGCCAUUGUUGUCGAAUGGAAUAAAAGACCAAAGUUGACGAAGAUUGUGGUACUUCAAUCAUUUAUGUCUGCACUAUUAGGGGGGGCUCUUUUUUCAAAUAUGUUCUUCAAAGGUGUGGCCUUAACAUCUGCAACGUUUGCCACAGCAAUUUACAAUAUUAUCCCCUCAUUGACCUUCGUUGUUGCAAUCCUUCUAAGAAUGGAGAAAAUGAAGUUCGAUCAAGGCAGCGGCAAGGCAAAAGCGAUAGGGACGCUGAUAUGUUUAAGUGGGGCGAUGCUCCUAACGUUGUACCGAGGGCCAGAGUUUCAUAUAUGGAGGUCCAACGUUGACUUAUUUCACCUCUCUCACCCACAUGGUAACACUGUGACGUCGUCAAAGGGCAAUUCUGGUAGUUUCACUUUGGGUGCAGCCAUUACACUCAUGUCAUGCUUUUGUUAUGCACUGUGGAUAGUGCUCUUGGCAAAGAUAAGCAAGAAUUAUCCAUGCCAUUACUCGAGUAGCGCAUUGAUGAGUUUCAUGGGGACGAUUCAGACUUCUGUGUUCGCAUUAUGCAUUUCGAGAGAAGAGGCGGGCUGGAAGCUUGGUUGGAAUAUCAGAUUAUUCGUCGUUCUUUUCAUGGGAGUUAUAGGAUCGGGAGUCGUAUUAAUUCUGAUGACGUGGUGCGCGAAUAAAAGCGGGCCCUUGUUUGUGUCCAUCUUCAAUCCUUUAAUAUUGGUGUUCGUGGCUUUGACAUGCUCAUUGUUGCUCAAUGAAACGUUACAUCUUGGAAGCAUUUUGGGUGGAUUUGUGAUUGUAUUCGGAUUAUACGUGGUGUUAUGGGGAAAAGCAAGAGACAUGAAAGAAGCAAGCAGCUCUGAUUCUCAGCAAGUCAUUCCUAAAACCAACUCAGAAACUGUGCAAUGAUUAAUUAAUUAAUUUGCUCCGAUCUCUUGCAAGCAAGCAAGCAUAAACUCAGAAUGUUUCGGUUAGAGGGUGUGCUAAAAUGCAAAGUAAUUACCUCUCAUAUGAAAUGUUGAAUGUAAUGAAAGAGUUAGUUUAUGUCAUCUAAUUUAAAUACUCCCUCCGUCCCGAAAACAACUUCCCGAUUGGACUUUCACACACUUUUAGGAAAUAAAUUUGACUUCACUGUAGAAUGCACUGUUUUGCACUGUUUAAACACUGUUUGGCACUGUUUAAACACUGUUUGGCACUGUUUAAACACUGUUUGGCACUGUUUAUCACUUUUUUGAUGUAGAUAAUUUGCCAAAUAAGGAAAGUAUUGAAGUGUGAAGUUAAUUUUGGGACAUCCAUUUAAGGAAAGUGGGAAGUUGUUUUCGGGACGGAGGGAGUAUUUGAUUAUUUGUCUACAAAAAUACCUACUCCGUAGAAUAUCAGUCUAUCAGAC